GCCCAUCCCACCAAGGAGCGUGCGGACUUGCGAUCGGGGCCCAGCGCCGAUCUGUCGGCGAUGUGUCGCCGAUUCCGGGUCCCCCCUGUCGUUGCCCCUGACGAGCACCACCGACGUCGAGCGCGCGCAUGCUGCAGCGACAGAGUUGGAGUGCUGAUUGUCCCAUCAGACGCGCCCAGGAUGGUGGAUACCGAUGGCGAUGGGGCGAUAUCUAUGCCUGAGCUUGCCGCGUCACCCUUGAUGCUGGCAGAGAUUUUACCAGCAAGGUGGUUGGUGGCGAACUUUUGCAUGGUCUUGUCUGCCACGAUAGUCCAGACUAUCUCGCCGGAGCCGUACACAAAGGAGUCAUUCGUCUACAGUAUCUGCUGGAGCCUGAUUCUCUCCCAGGACCGCCGUGUCCCAGUUCCUGUACAGCUCCAUGCGUCGCGGGGAGGAGCUCGCGGGCUGGCAGUCUACGUUUGCGGCGGUGAUCUACGGGCCCUCUCUUUACUUUUACACGCACGGCAUCGCCUUGGUCAUCGCGGUCGUUUUCCACAAGCAUCAGGGCGCGGAGCACCCGCCCACGCUCAUCAAGGUGGUGAACGUGCUGAGGAAGGCGGAUCCCAUGUACAUGCUUCAGAUCGCUGUCUUCGGGGCCGCGCUCGCCGCCGCGAACCUGCUGCCGCCCAAGCUCGACCACGGAUGCGAGUCCUGGCUGGAGGCCUGCACGAAGGGGCUCUAUGCUGGGCACAUCACCAUGCUCACCAUGUCCGCCAUCAACGCCGUGGCGCUGGGGGUGGCGUACAACAUCGUGAAGCGGAAGGUAGAUCGACCGCCGCGUCCCUCCUACGAGUCGGCUCUCGUCUGGGCGACCGGAUGCUUGGCUACCUUCAUUUGGUGCGAGAUGUUCGUCCCUGGGAGGAUCGAAUGGAUCGCUCUUGAAGUUUACCACCGUGCUGCUGGGCACCGCCUCGCAUUACGUUAUCACUGGGGUCUCCGCGGAUACGUUCUCUGGCCGCAUGGAGACGAGCAUGAUGGAGGCGGUCGUAAUGCUCUUCUGGGCGUCCACUCAGUGCAUCCAGGGUCUCGCGCUGGAGCAUCGCGCUGCCACAUCACACCACGGGCACGGCGGCUUGUCGAUACAUGGCCUCUUGAAUCACCUAGGCGAGUUCGGACUCUGCGAGUUCGGGCUCAUCGCAACGCUCGCCUGGGCCACGAAGAUCACAGAGGAGAUCGUACACUUGCCCACCAAGGGUGGAGUAGGGAGCUUGCGGAAGCCUCUCCUCGGCAAGUAGGGCAGGCAGGCUAAGUGUUCUGUCUGACUAGGCCUUUGCGACUGCCUUGGCAUGCGUAGUUGAAUAUGUUCGCGAUCAUGCAUCCUUUGGGCAGAGAGCCAUUGCCAUUGCAGGCGUAGUGAUUUUUCCAGUUUGAAAUGGAGCGUGCCGUCCUUCAACGUUCAGCACCUUGUCAUGUUGAAUUCACCAGGGUCUUUCUUCGUCGAGUGGAAUUGGAAUCAAGGUACAUGUUAGGACUCGCGUAUUGUUUUAAUCCAGAAAGUCGAGCGCAACUUCUGCGUGAUUAGCAUUUGUUUCGUAGAUUGGUGAGGGAUGCGCGAUUGGCUCGUGCCAUGGCCAUCUCAUGUAGAAUCGGGAAGGCGUUCCAGCAUCCCGAAAGCGGUAUGCGGUGGAAGUCGAUCAUUUGUUCGACGCAGAGGCCCCAGCCUCAGUUUUCACACGCCAUUCUUCUGUGAGUGCACCGUAUACCGCGCUUUGGCGACCCCAUGCGAUCUCGUGUGCCGUUCGUUGGAGACCCCAUGCGCCAGAUUUGCAACGUCUAAUAUUAGCAUCAUCUCAGAGAGAUCGAUGGCAUCGCAUGCGCAUCCUGAUCUGGCACCUCUUGAUAUGAUUUCUGUCGUUCGGCUGCAUUUUCACGUGGAUCUCAUGACGCUCAGAGGAUGCAGGUCGAGAGGGCCAAGCUGCGUCUUUUCCAUGCUGGAGGGCUUAGCAGAGUGGUCUCGUCUUACAUGCCAUAUGCAUGCGGGUAUGCAUGUGGCGUCAAGGGUGCAUGGGCAUAUUCGCCGGUCGACUGGAGGGCAGCAUCAGAUUGAGCAUGGUGCUUGGGCUCCAGGCCUGACUCAGCUUCGGCUGGAGCGCAUCUUUGCGACUCACGUCCAACAUUUGUCGUUCAGUCUGGUUCAAGAGUCCUCUGUCCGCGA